AUGGCAGCCGCUCCGGACCCAGAUGAGGUGUUUCGUUCUUCGAAAGGGAGAGAUAAUUUUCAACGUUUGGCUCGGCUUUUAAUAAGUGGAGGUACUGUGCUAUUGAGGGAGGUUUUUGACGUUAAAUGUCCACCAAGUAAUCUACCCGCAACACUUCAGAAUCCAGCCACAGAAAAGCUCCUUAAGGCAGCAAAGCUCACCAAACCACAGUGGGACUGCCUAUACCCUUCUGCAGGGACGUAUGGAAAGUCAACAGACUUUGAUAUAACUCUCCUUUUCCGGUUGCUGAGGACAAUAUGCGGCCUCACCCCUCCUGUCAUGGGCUGGGAUUGUUUUCCUUUAAAUACAGACCACAGCUUUGGAGCUGAUUUAGCGAGAAUUAAGUAUUACCGCAAUUCGAUACACGGCCAUGUGAACGAGAACAUGGAAUUAGCAGGUAAUGAGUUGUCACGUCUUUGGAGAGAAAUCAGCGAGGCUCUGGUGAGAAUUGCGGGUCAAAUCAGCCCUGCGAAGUCAAAAGAAUGGAAGAAUGCUAUUGAUAAAUUUUUAAAAGAUCCCCUUACAGAGGAAGACAAGAGGCACGAGCAGGAAUUGCAGCGCUGGUACCAGAAUGAUACAGAAGUAAAGAAAUACCUUGAAAAGGUUGAAUCUUCAAUGAAGCAUUUGGAGAAAGAAGCUCGAUCCUUAAGACAAGAGGUUCAAGAAAAAGCCCAAGAUAUUAAAGAUGAGCUUGGAGGGAAAGUAGAAUCUGCAGCCCAACAAGUGCAGCACUUGAGGCAAGACGUCAAAGACAUCAAAGAUCGAUUAGACAUAGAUGGCCGACCCAAUUCCUCAGCUGGAGUUAAAAUUCGAGUGCAGAUUUGUUGUGCGACUAACCCAAACCCUCAUUCGCGACUUGAGACAUCAGAGACAGUGGUUAUAACCGGUCAGGGUACCCAAGCUUGUGGCGACGAGCUGGUAAUUACUGGAACAUCAGGAAGAACGCCUCAAGACACACAAGAUACCCAGGGAGGAAGCCAUGAGAUGGUAGUUACUAGUGGUACGCGCGAGGCAGUGGAACCUGUUGCAUCUGCUGGUCUACCACUCGCGGGAAGAACAGAAAGCGUCGAAGAAGCAGGUGUUGGAACCGAUGCAGCACGCAACGCACAAGGAGUUUUGAAUUACAUCGCACACAGGUACUUUCAGACAGUUGACACAACCCAACCUGAGGAACGAAAUGAGUUUCUAUGGUAUCUAGAAGAUGUGCGCAAAGUUCUUGUCCUGGAUCCCAAGUCAGGAAGUUUGAUAGUAACAGUACUGUGUACUUCACUGGAGAUACUGGAUGCCCUCUGGUGUGACUAUUGCACAGGUCACCUGAAUGACAUGGCACAGAAAUAUCUUGUGACAAAGGACGUUCUGAAGGAGUUUGACCUGAUUGAGCUGAAAUUGAAAACAACAAUUCAGGUGGAGGAGUACAUGGCUGCACGAGAUUUUUUCCUGCAGGCUCCAGUCCAUGAUCCACCCGGCACGACCAAGAACAGAAAUGAAGGACUUGACUCAGAUUUGACAAUAGAGCAAAGUCCUCUCUCAGCGACUGAAGGAACAGUCCCACAUGUUGAAUCUGAAACUAAGCGAAACAAAGAAGCAUUCUCGGAGGGUUCCCUUAUCGCCGGGGAAAUGAUGGUGGACCGCUCUGGUCAUCAUGUUCCACGUGGCAUGAAAAGAAGCAGAAGUAUGGGAAUCUGCCAAGAAUCGACAACCUGUGAAAAGCUCCAGAAUAUUGCACCAGGAACGCUAGCGAAAGGUUCAGUUUGCUUACCAAUCGCCUUACAUGCAUUACCCGAUCAGAUUAAGAAAGAUGGGAAUGAUCCCAAGGUGUUAACUGCAGGAGAUAACCCUGAUACAAUCAUAGCAGGCGCAGGAGAGUUUAUAAAGAGAUUUAUUGCAUAG